AUGCUCAAUGUACUGGUCCAUGCCUCUCGACACAGAUUGGUAGUACGUACCAACUUUCCCGGUCUGCUCAACUUCAAACGUUGUUUGACUGAAAGGAACACACAACCUACUUUAUCGCGAAGAAUAAAAUUGAACGAUUAUGUGCUUCGAAGAAUCCGGCUAUCAAAGUCAUUAGCUGGAACCCUCACGUCUUCCUCUGGUACAAAUAUUACUGCUCAAUUUCCUUCUCUCAGCUCCGUCCGAGCAGGUGUGACUUGGUUGACUCGAGACCCGGCCCUUGUGGAUCCGGAAAGGUUACGUUCAGAGCUACCCAGAUAUUGUGACAACAAAUCUCUGGUCAAGAUCUUGGUCCUGUUCGUUACGCCGUCCUUGGCUUCUCUGAUCGAGCCAGGCGCCUUCCUUCGGCAUGUCCUGCCUUCGUUGUACGCUGGCCGUCGAAACUUUGCAAGGGGAAAGCACAUCGAGGAAACUAUACAAUGCAUCACUGCUGUGGUUGAUGCUCUUCCCGUUCCUCCAAGAACCACCAGCGGCUCAGACGGCGAUUCCGCAGGCGCAGCUAGCACCGAAGGACUUGCACUCUUUAUGACCUCUGAGGCGUCCGACGUGCGACCUGUGUAUGCCCCAUCUGAAGUGCGUGACGACACAGAGAGCAAUACCACCGCAACAUUGAAGUUCUGCUCCGCCACUGAAGUGAGCUCGCCGGCUCAGACAUCAGAUCAGACGCCCUUCGUGCGCCAGGUCACAUUGCCUGCGGCCAACACCAUUUUUGUAAAUGGACAACGAACAACGCUUCUCCAAGAUUCGUGGAGAAUUGAACUCACUAAUUCCGAUGAACCAGCCAUCAGUUAUCUUGGCAGAAAGAAUCUCGAAUCGUUCCAGUUAAGUCUUCAGUGCUCUGAUUACAGUUUCGUGAACGGCGGAUCUGCUCCGCUUCACGCACUAACGAAGUCGAGAAAGGUAGUACGAUCAAUGGGAAAUGUGCUUCGUCAAAUUGAGGCCGAUGGCGAGGCUGUCCCCGCCUCGCAAGAGCUCGAGAAAGCGGUUUCGGCAUAUAUCAAGUCGAACCCCGCCAGCAUCGCUCGAGGCCCUCUACUUGUGUUUGCUCUGAUCCGUUCUCCAGGGACAUUAUCGUUUGAAGAGGGCGUGAACGGGUACAAGGAGACUCAGGAACCGGGCACCUUAAAGUCUCUAUGGCACGGCGCGAAGCUCUUCAAAGUGUCAGGUGGCGGAGGAGGUUGGGGAAAGAGACAAGGCCUCCUAUCACUGGAGCCAGCCAUGGAUUUCGAGACCAGUGAAGUUGCACCAUCGAUCGCGUUUCCCGAUCUGGAUUGCGAUCAAAGCGUUCUGCAUGAACUGGACUCGCGUGGGAUAGUCCCAACGGGCAGCACGGUCGAGUUCCUAGUUUGUUCCGGGGAUCUUACAUGCAAAGGUAGCUCAAGAGCAUUUCUCACGAAACCCGCGUCUUUCCUUGCGCCCGUCGACGGCACGACAGUCGUACUGGGAACUGCCACCGACCCUGAUUCCCAGGACUAUCUGGCAGGGCACUCAGAUGUCACCAACACAGGGGUAGUCUUCUUACCGGAUUACUUCGGCAUGGUCUCUUACGGAGGUGCAGGUCUCGGCACCGAGGGCAAAAUGUCAACUACGCAAAAUCCAUCAUUGGUUUCGCGGACACGUUGUGAUGUGCCAGAUGCUCGCUUCAUCAUUCGCGGCGUGGGAAGUAUUCCACAGGCCCGUCCUAAAGAAACCGAGUAG